ACAAAAUAAUUCAGAACAGCUUUUUAAUAGCAGUAGUGCGGACUUAAACACAUCCACCAUGACCACUGAAACCAUGUCAACGUUGUGGGUAUCUGAUAGUUCUGAAAUUUCGAUUCAAAGUACAACGGUUUUGGAGAUAUUGAACAAAUCUGUGCAAUUAAAACAAGAUCAUUUACGGAAUAUGACCUCAUCUAAAGCAUUAACGGAAAAUCCCAAAUUAAUAGCUGGAUCUGUUGAGAAUAAAACUAUGGUGAGUGAGAUAAAAGCCAAUGGAACACAAAUACAAGAGUCGACGACAGAAGCAAGUAAUAAAACAACAGGUGGACAAAAUGUUUUGUAUACAACAGAAAAGCAGGGGUCUACUAAAAUAUCAGAUGUAGACAAAAAUAUUGUGGGCGGAAUGAACGCAACAACCGAAACUAAUAAGACGAACGGGAUUGAUACAAAUUAUGCGAAUCUUUUCAAUAACAGUCGGAUUAAUUCGGUAUCGAAUAAGAAUUUAUCGAAGUUAGACUUAAUGGCAACAACGGCUGUUGUGACUAUCACUAGCCAAGUUAGUGAUAACAAUGCUCAAACGACGCAACUGACUCCAAUUAACAAUAUCACUGCUCCUUUGUUUAAUCAAACUGACCAAUCCCCCCUUAGACUUACAACAAUUGGCGAAAAAGAAACUCAUAAUACGAGAGAACCACCGCAAUCAUUGGAUAAGACAACAACUACAACCACGAGACCUGUAACUAGAGUAACAAUUUCAAAAAUGGAAGCUACAGUAAAAACUAAAGGAACUUCAGAAAUAGCUGUAAACAGUAUUUAUCUCACAGACACAACUACGUCAAAAACAACAGCAAAAGUUUCCACUGAGCGAUCAACAGAAUUUACAACAAAAGCAGGAAUACAAAUAUCGGUGACCAGGAAUAAUGAAAUUGCAACCAAAUCAUCUUCACAGAAAACCGUCGAAAAAGACAUGUACAAAACAUCAGAAACUGGAGGCAUUACUGAAAACUGGAUGGAGUUCAACAUUAGUGGUUUUGGUGUCAAUUCUAAUCUAGAAGUUCACAACCUUGGAGAUAAGGAGGACGACCGUUACUGGCCUGUGGUUGUGGCAGUGACCAUUGGAGUUCCAGCUAUAAUAAUUAUAGGCGUAACCAUCAUUGUAAUGCAUAGAAAAAGGUUAGGUCGAAGAUCACUCUCUAGACCAAACAAACUUGCUUAUGCUUAAAACCAAUGCUUUAUUGGGUUGAAAACUUGAAAAGGCACGACAGGCCUUCAGUGGAUACAGCUAUAUAACACCUCCGAGGGAGUAUGAUGUAUGAGCUAUUAUCUGGAGUGAUUUACUUAGUGACGCAAUUUUUAACUGUUGAUAAGAAAGCAUAUAUGAGGAACAUAAUCUCGGAAUCUUUCCUAUACAAAUGGUUUUUACUACUUUAGAUCACUCGCAGAAUAUUACAGAACUUUUCUAUUUGAGUAUUACAGAAUACAAGUUUGCUUCUUUGUUAAGUUUAUCAUGACCUUUGAUUACUAUCGGUUGAAAUAGCAUGGUCGUUAUUUUGUCAAUUAGAUCAAAAACUACAACACAAAUCAUUGCCUAAUAUCUGUUUCCAUAUAAAAAAAAAUAACUACUAAGUAAUAGAAAAUGCAUGGUUCACCAAGAAAAGAAGCAAACAUUAUGACCAACUCUUUUACCCGUGAAUGGCUUAAACUCAGGCUGAGGUUUUGUGACUUACGUCUUUUUGCGUAGGAAGGUGUAAGUCUUGUCCUGGUUUAUAGUUUUCAAAGGUAGAGCAAAAGCCAUCACUUCUGAAGUGUUACGGUCGUCAUCGUGGGUUGGUUAACUGUUUAAGAAUGACUGGUUCUCGUAAUGGAGCAAGAUCUAAUUACCUUAGGCCCCUUUUGGAAUUUUGCCAUUUCAUUAAUGUUUAUAAACCAAUGGAUUUCUUUUUCUUUUUCUCCUGUUAUGGUUCCCCCUGGCCUUCGUCAUUUCAAUUCUUGCAUUGCCCAUUUAGUUUAUCUUCCCUUGAGUUUAAUUUGUUUAUGUACUACCAACACUACCAUCAAAUACUAUCUGUCAAAAUUAUUUUUGUUGAACUAUGCACGAAUACAAAAGUUCCUACGUAUAUCUACAUCCCAGGCUUCCAAAUGUUCCAUGAUGUUUGAGCGUUCCGUAUGAAGGUAAAUCCAGAAAAGCGCUUCGGGAAUGGACCCCACCUCUUUUUCAAUAUAUUUUGUUAUUGUGAUGUUUUUUUGUUGUUGUUAAUAUUCCUUAAUAUUUUAACUUAGCAACAGAAAAAGGGCAUGUGAAGUACAAAUAUAAAGUAGUAUUCCCGAUUUUUACUGGGAAAUAACCAUAUAAACAUUUUUGUUACCAUUUUGUACACUGUUAUAUUAUAUUUUACUUUAUUUUGUUAUUA